GAGAAUAGAGAGUCAAACAACAAGAACAUCACCAAACCCACAAAUUUUCACAAAACUCAAAACCAAAAAGUUCCAAUCUUUUUCAAGAAACACAUUUAAAGAACCAAACUUGACCAUCAUUUAUGUGCAAAGCUCGUUGAAAAAGAACAUGGGCAUGAGCUCAGAUGCUUUGACCACUACUCUGUGCAACUCAAUCCAAGCUCUGGGUCGUGGGUUCGAUGUAACAUCUGAUAUCAGGCUGCUGUAUUGCAAAGGAGCAGCCGGGUCUAGACUGGUUCAUGUUGAUGAACAGCUUACUAAGGAUCUGCAUGUUUCUGAUGGAGUUUUGUUGCCUAAUGUUUCUGCUGAUAUUGAUUGCUCUGCUGGCCAAAUGGGCAUUGAAAGAAUCCCUGUUUGCACCUUCCAUGAGAUGGCUGGAAGGUUCAAUGAGAAAUCGGGUAUAUCAGGACAUAUUCCACUUGGAAGCUUUAAUAGCAUGUUCAAUUUCACUGGUUCCUGGAAAAUUGAUGCAGCAGCAACUAAAUCCCUUGCCAUGGUUGGGCACUUCAUACCCCUUUAUAAGAUUCAACUAGCAAAAGUAAAUCUAGUUUUGCAUGAUGAAAUCAAGCGUGCUGUUCCUUACUCAUGGGAUCCUGCAGCUAUGGCUAGUUUCAUCGAAAGCUAUGGUACACACAUUGUAACAUCUGCAACAAUUGGUGGAAGAGAUGUUGUUUAUAUCAAGCAACAUCAGUCAUCGUCUUUGUUAGGAUCAGAUAUUGAGAGCUAUGUGAAAGACAUUGCCGAUCAACGGUUUCAGGACUCGAAGAGUCAGUUAACUGAUGGCCCCUUAAAAUACAAGGACAAGGAUGUAACAGUUAUAUUUAGAAGGAGAGGCGGCGAUGAUCUUGAACAGAGUCAUGCCAAAUGGGCAGAAACAGUGCAGUUGGCACCAGAUGUGAUUAACAUGACAUUUACACCUAUUGUUUCUUUGCUUGAAGGAGUAACCGGCAUAAAGAAUCUAUCCCGGGCAAUUGACUUGUACUUGGAGUACAAACCACCAAUUGAGGAUUUGCAGUAUUUCUUGGAUUUUCAAAUUUCUCAAGUUUGGGCUCCUGAACAAAAUAAUCUCCAACGAAAGGAGCCUGUUUGUCAAUCCCUUCAGCUCAGCUGGAUGAGUCCAAAGCUUUAUAUCAGCCCAGAUCAGGUUAUAGUUGGUCGUAAACCUGUUACUGGUCUAAGACUUAGCUUAGAGGGAAACAAGCAAAACCGACUCGCAAUCCAUUUGCAGCAUCUAGUGUCUCUUCCGAAAAUUCUUCAACCACACUGGGAUGCACAUAUAGCCAUUGGUGCACCCAAAUGGAGAGGUCCCGAAGAGCAAGACAGCCGAUGGUUUGAGCCUAUCAAGUGGAAAAACUUCUCUCAUGUAAGCACGGCUCCAAUUGAGUUCAUCGAUACUUCAAUCGGAGACCUCUCCGGUGUUCACAUUGUUACCGGAGCUCAGCUUGGUGUUUGGGUAUUUGGAGCCAAAACUGUGCUGCACCUCAAACUACUCUUCUCGAAAGUUCCGGGCUGUACGAUAAGGCGGUCUGUAUGGGACCACAGCCCCGCAAAUGCUACUGCUCAGCAAUCCAAUGCGGCAUCAUCUUCAAACGAGAAAACCUCCAGUGACAAGAAAGAAGACAGUUCAAGCCAUGCCGGAAAAUUAGCAAAAAUAGUUGACGUGACCGAAAUGUCGAAGGGACCGCAAGAUAUUCCGGGACAUUGGUUGGUAACAGGAGCCAAGCUCGGGGUGGAUAAGGGAAGGAUUGUUUUACGAGUGAAGUAUUCGUUGUUGAAUUAUUGACAGAUUAAAUUCUAUACUCUUAUUAGGGUUACCAUUUUCCACUUGUAAAAGUAUAGUGAAGCAUUCUUUGCACAGGUAUCCUUGUUCUUUUGUUUAUUUGUACAUUAAGUUCUUUUCA